AUGAUGGACCGCCCCCCGUUCUUCUGUAACAGACGCACGAGCCUACUGCAGGGAGUAUUAUUAUUCUGUUCGCCCUCCGACAAUGGCAGAUAAAUUCAGACAUACAUAAAGAGUCGAUCGUAAAGGCCGUCAUGCCAAGCCAAAUUAACUCGAUGCCCAAUAGCGAGGAAUCUCUGCCUCUAAGUCAACAAAACUUCGGUUGAAAUACUACAGCUGAACUCUAGGCACGAACCUUAGAUGGAGAAAAACGAACAAAACCCCAACCUCAUCCACCCGAAAUCAAACAAAACUCGGCCCCGUCUUCCCUGGUACCCCUGACACCGUAUCGAACAGAAAUCCGCUCUCCACCGAAGUUGUUAGGUUAAAGCUGUCGCACGCAUAUUUCGGCGAGCAAAGUCUGUGCGGCAUUGCUGAUCAAUACUGCCACCGGUCACACCAAGAGAGAA